AAGCUUUUUUUUUUUCCCUUUCCAUUUCUCUUGUCCCGAUAACCGCCACCAAAUAAUAUCCCCAUGUUUCCGUUUUUCCGUUAUUACCUCUGCUUCUUCUACCUUCUUUACUCUGUUUUUCCCGCCAGAAUUUUGGCCGACUUCACGGCGGCGACGGCGACAAUCGACGGCGAUAGCAACUACGCAUGGAGAAACUUCGCUCGGUUCCUCGACGCUGGCAAGGGCCGCGAAGUGAACGGCAUGUCGGAGUUGAAGAAGUAUUUGAAUCGAUUCGGUUACCUUCCGAUUCCUCCUGAAAACAACUUCUCCGAUUCCUUCGACGAUCAAUUCGUAUCGGCGUUGAUUCUUUAUCAAAAGCGAUUAGGUUUAUCAGUCACUGGAAAGCUCGAUUCCGAAACAAUCGCGAGCAUCAUGUCGCCGAGAUGCGGAAUGAGUGACCUAAUUAAAAUCAACCACAGCGUAUCAACAACGAUUCGUUCAACGAGACGAUACGCUUUCUUCAACGGUCAGCCGAGAUGGAUUCGAUCAUCGACUCUAACCUACGCUCUCUCACCGGAUUACACAAUCGAAUACCUAACUUCAACGGAGAUUCGAAAAGUAGUCCGGCGAUCGUUCUCGCGAUGGUCCGCGGUGAUUCCGUUAAACUUCACAGAGUCUUCCGACUACGAAUCUUCGGAUAUACGAAUCGGAUUCUUCCGCGGCGAUCACGGAGACGGAGAGGCGUUCGACGGAGUAUUAGGCAUUUUGGCGCACGCGUUUUCGCCGGAAAACGGUAGGCUACACCUGGACGCGGCGGAGCGGUGGGCGGUGGAUUUUGAAAAGGAGAAAUCGAAAGUGGCGGUGGAUUUGGAAUCGGUAGUGACGCAUGAGAUAGGGCACGUUCUUGGACUGGCACACUCUGCGGUGAAAGAAGCUGUGAUGUAUCCGAGUUUGAGCCCGAGGGGGAAGAAGGUGGACCUAAGGAUCGAUGACGUGGAAGGAGUUCAGGCCUUGUACGGCUCAAACCCUAAUUUCAAAUUGAAAUCCCUUUUGGAAUCUGAAAAGUCUAUCAACAACAACAGUGGAUCGUCUUCUUCUUCAAACAACGCUAAUUUCUUCNAAUAA